AUGCUCAACCCCGUUUCGCGAAUCAACAACCCCAACUCAAAGCCUCCGCCGCCAGAGCCCUUUUCCUCGUCCUCCUCAAUCCAAUUACCCAUGUUGGGCUCCCUACAGGUCCUCCAGACAAAUAACCAGCAGCAGCAGGUCCAGCAACAGCAGCAACCUCAGCAGCAGCAGCCAGGGUCCCAGAAUAACAAUAUACCAUUACCUCCACCUCUUAAUGGCCAAGAUUUCACGCUUUCCAGCGUCCUCCAUUUCUUGCAGACUGAAUGGAGGCGAUAUGAACGCGACAGAAACGAAUGGGAAAUAGAACGAGCGGAGAUGAGGGCUCGCAUCGCGCUGCUGGAGGGAGAGCGCCGCUCGUUCGAAAAUGUAAAACUGGACCUCAUGCGCCGCAUCAAAAUGCUCGAAUUUGCUCUGAGGAUGGAGCGCUCGAAACAACUAUCGCAACCCGUCUCACAAUCGAUACUUCCGUCAAAGCUCGGUAUGCUUCCGCAACGGGAUGAUGUCCAGAGUCACAAAGAAGGGAGCAGUGGCAGCUCACCGCGUAGCGAAGGGCGUAUAUCGAAUGGUGUAGCGGCAGCGAGUUCCACACGACCAAAUUCAUGGAAUUGGACCAACGGACCGUCAGCCAGUACAAUGGCAGCGCUGACAAAACCACCCCCCGGGCGAGAUCCCAAAAGUAGGGCCCGAAGUCGGGAUUACCUCAAACAAUGCCUACAAGAAAUCUCGUAUCUCACUUCCCCGCAAGCCAUGAAUCCUUUACCGAACCGACCUCUCAUAAACAACGGCCCCAUACCACUAUCUCUCCCCAAUGUCCCUUCCUUUGAUCAAAUCGCAUAUAACGGCCGACCUCGCAAAAUCUUGCCCGAGGCAGGCAAAGACUAUACCAUGCCCAACGGAAUCAACUUGAUACCAGGUCCUUCCUCUGCGCCUGCGUCAGGAAACCAGCUUGAACGGAGUAAUCCUAUGAAUAGCAUCUCCUUACAGUCUCACCUACAGCAGUCGUCAGGAUCUCAGUCCAUGGGCCAGUCUCAGGCCGGUCAGCCCACGCCGGCAAUGAGCGACAAGGACAAGGACGGGGGCGAAGGUUCCGAGGCCAAGCGCCAGCUCACUGCUAUUUUCCGGCCGGAUGAUGCUGGGGAGUGGAAGGAAAGGUUGCGUUUGUCCCAUGAGGCUGAACAGUUGAAGGUGCAGGCCGCGGCAACAACCGGAGCGAGUUCAUGGGAGCGACGAAGGGAGGAUGACGAUGAGGUGCCAAUCAGGGAUGAGGAGCCGGAGGUGGAAGAGGAGGAAGGCACGGUCGUCAGCGAAGGCGAAGGUGCUAAGCUAUGGAAAGCGAAGCGAACACUCCGGAAUCACCUAGAUGCCGUCCGAGCGCUUGCGUUCCAUCCCACCGAGCUAUGUUUAGCAACCGGUGGUGACGACUGCACUGUCAAGAUAUGGAGGAUGGAUGUUGCAAGCCUGGCAGCCACCGCCACGCGACUUACAACCGAGAUUGAGCCUCAAUUGACACUGAGAGGGCAUUCAGCAGCAAUAACACGACUUGUGCAUGCACCUUCGAAGGGUCUGCUGUAUUCUGCCUCUUUGGAUUCUUCUAUCCGAGUAUGGGCGCUUCCGACUCCGGCGCACACUACAUACGCGCCAUACGACGAGACACGAUCACGAGGCGAGCUAGUUGGACAUACAGACGCUGUAUGGGACCUGGCCCUUGUACGAGACGAGACAACAUUGAUUAGCUGCGGAGCAGAGGGUACGGUGAAAGUGUGGGAUGUGAGCGGACGGUCUGGUGGCUGGGCCCUGACGUUAUCAUGGGGCUUUGCUGGGCUAGAGAGUACAGAAGCGUCUUCGGAUAUUGCAGAGGAUAAUGAUGCACCCGGAGCAACGUCGGUGGAAGCCUUGAAGGCUGAUUUGAAGAAGAUUGCUGUCGCCUACCAAAAUGCGGUGGUGAAGAUCUUUGAAAUUGAGACCGGUAAAGAGGUCUCAAGGCUGGCAACAGAUAUAGGAUACGAUGGAACACCAGCCACGCAGGUGAAUCGCAUGGCAUCACAUCCUACGAUGUCGUUGCUCGUCACAGCACACGAAGACAAGUUCAUAAGAAUAUUUGACUAUACCACAGGCGAAUGCAUUCAUUCUAUGACAGCACAUCUCGAUGGUGUGACAUCGCUCUCGGUGGACCCUGCUGGCUUCUCGCUGGUAUCCGGUAGUCACGACUGCUCCAUGCGCUUCUGGGACCUUCUCGGCUCGAGGGAAUGCUUGCAGGAGGUGACGUCCCAUCGCGAAAAAGCCCGAGAAGGCGUACUCGAUGUCGAGUUCCACCCAUCACUACCAUUCAUGGCUAGUGCUGGUGCAGAUGGUGUUGUGAAGCUCUAUGCAACGUCAUAA